UCGGUAUUUCUACGUUUAUUACAGUGGGCGCAUAAUUGAAUAUUACAACGAUCUACUCAUGCCAAAUUCCGGUGAAUUGUGACAAAUCCAGAAGCGAAAGAUCGGUAGAUAUAGAAAUCAACUAUAUGUCACUCUCAAAGCGACAGAAAAUGUCACAGCCAAAGAAGUUUGGCAGCGGUGAUCCGUUUAAUUACGAGGAGCUCAACAUCAUUGGCACAGGCGCCUAUGGAACGGUUUUCAGAGCCCGAGACAUGAAAACUGGUAAGAUAGUGGCCAUUAAGAAGGUGCGGAGCAUUAAUGAGAAUGGAGUGCCAAUGUCCACGUUAAGGGAGAUUGCCCUGCUAAAGCAGCUAAACGCCAGCGAUCAUGCCAAUAUAGUCAAACUGUUCGAAGUAUGCCAGUUUCUGGAACGCGAUGGCCAGCUGAUGAUUCUCUUGGUUUUUGAACACUUGGAGCAGGAUCUGUCGGAUCUCAUAGAAAGGCUGCCCAAAUCGGGCAUGUCGCCGGCCACAGUGCAGCGUCUGUCGAGGGAACUUCUAACUGGCGUGGACUUGCACUCCCAUCGCAUUGUCCAUCGGGUGAAGCCACAGAACCUGCUGGUCUCGGCGCAGGGUCAUCUAAUUGCAGACUUUGGUUUGGCCAAGACCUAUGACUGUGAGAUGAAGCUCACCUCGGUGGUGGUCACUCUGUGGUACAGAGCACCGGAAGUCCUGCUUGCACAAUCCUACAACAGCACCGUGGAUAUUUGGAGUGCUGCCUGCAUCAUUUUUGUGUUUAACCGCAAGGCCCUGUUUCCGGGAACCUCGGAAAAGAAUCAGCUGGACCGCAUCUUCGAAUUGACGGGUCGUCCCACAGACCAGCAAUGGCCACAAACUAUCUCCGUGGCCAGGGAGCACUUUCCCAAUCGUCAUCCAAAGAGACCCCGUGACUUUUGUCCCAAUCUCUGCGAGUAUGCCGACGAUCUGUUGAAUCAAAUGCUGUCCUAUGACAUCCGAUUGCGACCCUCUGCCUUGGCCUGCAUGGAACACGAGUACUUCCAACAGGAGCCGCUCUAACCCUGGGCCAGUGGCGGAACCACUGGGGGAUCAUACAUCCCCGGAGACUAGUUGAGCCCCUCCCCACAAAUGGCCUCGCAACGUUCUUGUUACAAUGAUCCUUUUUUAAGUGUAGUGUGUGAAGAAGCAGUUUUGUUUUCAAUACAGUCCAGUUUAGUUACAGUGUCCCGGAUCCGGGUCCGGAAUAUGGAAGGAAUUACCUUAAUAUGUUUGUAGUUGUAAGAUUAAACGUGUAAACAGUGUCGCGAUAUAUACUUAUUACUGCCGAUCAACUAUAUAUAUAUAUGUAGAUGAUACAACCAACUGACGGAUGACCGUAAAUGUGAAACGAUUCUCGAGGACAAACGGAAAGUCCCCCAAAUCGAAAUGUGAUACACAAAGUUCAGGAAUGCAUUAUACAAUUUCAAAAUUUUGUACAACAACAACCACUUAUACAUAUA